UCCCCUGCCCCCCCCCACUCUCCACAGAGGAACCAGCUCUGAAUCAGCCCUGCUGAGACAAGACAGGGCUGCUGCUUCCCUUUUCUGCCCUUGUUCUCCAGCUGCCCCUCCCCCAGUCCCCUGUUCAGGCUGUUGGCCCUGUCCUCACCACCCCAAAGUGAGCUCAGUUCAUCCAGCUCUCAUUGCGCCCUGGGUCCCAGGAGCGGACACAGGACCCCUCCUUCCUUGAAGCGGCUUCUGCACUCUGGACACUCUGGAGAAUGUCCCCCUGCAGGGGAUGCAGGCCAGGGAAAGGCAGACCCUUCCAGACCACCAUCUCCUGCACCUCUGGCCGACUCCAGCCAAAGCCUUCUGGGACGACCCUCUUGACCUGCGAUUCCAUCUUCUGGAAUUCACCGUGGGACCCAGUCAAAGGUGUUCCCAGAGCGGUCUGCAGUGACAAAAUGCCCAUGGCAGAGUCCUCAUGGAGGACUGAGCAGCCAGCCGCGGGCCUGCCAUGCCGGGGACUCCCGGGCUGUGAAAGGGUGCGGUACGGGGCCCUGCGCUGGUCCCGGCCGGCACUGCCCGGCUGACUGUCCUUUUCAGUUUGUCUCCUGCACGAGCCUAUAUGAACGAGAACCCAUGUUAGGGCAGGAGCCGACCAGGAGUCGCGCCCUGGAGGCCGGGAGGGGCCGUCCCGGGUCCCGGGAUCCCGUGCGCGAGGGGCGGCGCGCCGUGACGUCAUCGGCGGGCGCCGCAGCGGGGCCGCAGCCGGAAGUGCUGUGGCCGUGGUCGCCGAGCCACGUGCGGAGCCUCCGGGAGUGGGAGCCGGCCGAGCGUCGGCGGUCCCAGGCACCUGCCAGACAGUAACACCAUGAGCUUCGUGGCCUACGAGGAGCUGAUCAAAGAGGGUGACACGGCCAUCCUGUCACUGGGCCAUGGUGCAAUGGUGGCAGUGCGCGUGCAGCGCGGGGCACAGACCCAGACCCGGCAUGGUGUCCUGCGACACUCAGUAGACCUCAUCGGCCGCCCCUUCGGCUCCAAGGUGACCUGCGGCCGAGGUGGCUGGGUCUAUGUGCUGCACCCCACGCCUGAGCUUUGGACACUGAACCUGCCACACCGCACCCAGAUCCUCUACUCCACCGACAUUGCCCUGCUCACUAUGAUGCUGGAGCUUCGGCCUGGCUCUGUGGUCUGUGAAUCCGGCACCGGCAGCGGCUCCGUGUCCCACGCCAUCAUCCGCACCAUUGCGCCCACGGGCCACCUGCACACGGUGGAGUUCCACCAGCAGCGGGCGGAGAAGGCGCGGGAGGAGUUCCAGGAGCACCGCGUGGGUCGCUGGGUGACGGUGCGCAACCAGGACGUGUGCCGCAGCGGCUUUGGCGUGAGCCACGUGGCAGAUGCCGUCUUCCUGGAUAUCCCAUCGCCUUGGGAGGCUGUGGGCCAUGCCUGGGACGCCCUCAAGGUUGAAGGCGGGCGCUUCUGCUCCUUCUCACCGUGCAUUGAGCAGGUGCAGCGCACAUGCCAGGCGCUGGCGGCCCGGGGCUUCUCAGAGCUGAGCACGCUGGAGGUGCUGCCGCAGGUGUACAACGUGCGUACCAUCAGUCUGCCUGCGCCCGACCUGGGAGCCAGCCCUGGCCCCGACGCCAGCCCCUUCCGCAGCGGCACGCCCAUGAAGGAGGCUGUGGGCCACACCGGUUACCUGACCUUCGCCACCAAGACCCCCGGCUAGCGGGCUGCCAGGAGCUCCAGGGAGCUGGGAGCGCUAGGCUAGGCAGGGAGAAGCAGCUCGGCCAGAGGCCUCCUUAUAUGGUCAGCGGACGCCUGCCGGGGCCUGUGUUUAGAAACAGGGCCUGUGUUUAGAAAAGGACAGAAGGCGGGGCAGGGCUCGGGGGCCUCCCGGGUGGCUGAAGGGGGGUGUCCAUGGUGGAGGAACAUAGGCAGGGCCUCUGGGGAGGGAGGCCUCCUGCCCGCGCCACCACUGUGCUCAGCAUCCCCCUCCUGCUGUUUGUUGCCACACAAAGUCUCCACUGCCAUAGGCUCUUUUGAGUGUUGAGGCUAAGGGGUGCAGGUGGCAGAGCCCAGGUCUGGCCCCUUCCCAGGUGGCCCGAAGCAGGGGGGCAGGGAGGCAAAGACUCAGAGGAGGAGGGCUUGGGGCUUGGUGCUGCACUGGACCCCGGGACCCCCAAGGCCCAGCCUGCCCUACACGGUCUGUGGGCCUGCUCGUCACCUCCCUCCCUGGUCCUGAUGGGGCCAGACCAGCCCAGCAGCUAGGGAGAGGCGACCCUGCUGUGUGGCCUUAGGCCUGACCCCACCCCAUGGGCGCUGCACAGGCCCUGUGUGAGUGUCUCCGCAUCUUCUCCCGUGAAGGGGCAGGCGGCAGCCCCCAGCCACCCCCCUCACUUCUCCCACCCCUGGAAAGUGCCUUCUGCAGCCUGGCCCAGCCCGAGCCCCCAGCAGGUCACUAAGUGAGAACACACAGCGUCACUUAGAGAAGAACCUGAGAAGGACAGUGGUGUGCUUCAGGCGACCUGGCCAGUCCUUGUCGGAACUGUUUGGACCCCAGCUGUCCAACCCCAGAGUUACUGGGGUGUCCCUGCCCCUCGUAGGGACCCUGAGGUCAUGGGGGCCUGGGGGUGCAUCCAGGGCUGAGGGCACAUGUCCCCUGCCCUGCCUGGCCUGGCCUCCAGCUCUGUGGUGUGCAGCUGGCGUCCCUGCCUGCCACUGGUGUGCGAAGGGCCUGAGCAUCCGCCCUUGGCCUCAGCUGCCAUCAGGGACCUCAGUUUUCCCACGUUGGGACAAGAGCCCCAAGGUCCUUGCUGGCCUAGGGCUGGCCCCUGACCAUGCCUGGCAGAGAAAUAAACACCAUUCCUCCUGU